CGAACUUUCUGAGAGCGCAGGAAGAACCCACAUAAAAAUUCCUGUUCGGAGUGAUAAUUUGUAAAGAUGGCGAGUAUUGUUGACUCAUUCAAUCUGUUCAAUUUACCAGAGACAGUGGAAAAAAUCUUGUUCCCUUCUUCUCAUCAUAGUCAUGACUACACUCGAGAGGGCAGGGUAGUUUCAAACAUUCCAGUGGAUAUUUUGGACAAUCCCAAAGAGUAUGUGUUCUUCAUGGAUGUUCCGGGUCUCUCCAAAUCUGAAAUUCAGGUAACAGUGGAAGAUGAGAACGUACUUGUUAUUAGGAGCAACGGGAAAAGGAAACGUGAAGACUGUGAUGAUGAAGGCUGCAAGUACCUGAGGCUGGAGAGGAGAGCACCACACAAAUUGCAAAGGAAGUUCCGUCUGCCUGAGAAUGCUAACCCCUCCGCCAUUACAGCCAAGUGUGAGAACGGGGUUCUUACGGUUACUGUUGAGAAACACCCUCCACCACCGAAAUCUAAAACAGUUGAAAUUGCCAUUGCUUGAACAAUAGGUGGUAGAUGUAGAAGCUUGGACUUGGAAUAUUUUGUUUAUUGAUUCUCCU